AUGCCUCUUUCUAUUGCUGAAAAAUCUUACCUUUACGAUUCAUUGUCCUCUAAUGCUGGUACAAGACCUGAUGGUAGAUUACCUCAUCAGUUUAGACCUUUAGAAGUCUAUACUGAUUUUUUACCGAGUUCAAAUGGAUCUUCGAGAAUCAUUGCAAGUGAUAGUAGCGAGUGUAUUGUAAGUGUUAAGGCAAAUGUUGUAGAUCAUCAGGUUCAACAAGAUCUCUUCCAAGUAGAAGUUGACAUUGCAGGUCAAAGAGACGAUUCAUCUGAAGUGGAAACUUUGACAUCACUUUUAAACAGAGUACUAGAAAGCCGUGGUAGUAUUGACGCUUCAAAAUUAAAACUGACUAGAAAAUACAGCUAUAAACUUUUCAUCGAUGUCUUAGUCAUAUCCUCAAGCUCACAUCCAGUUUCACUAAUAUCUUUUACCAUAUUUUCUGCGCUAAAUUCCACUUAUCUACCGAAGAUCAUCUCCAGUUUUGACGAUUUGGAAGUUGAAGAAUUGCCCACUUUCCACGAUGCCGACAUGGUUAAACUAGAUGUAAGUCCACCAUUGGUAUUCAUUCUAGCAGUUGUUGGUGAGAAUGUCUUUAUGGAUGCAGCCGCUAAUGAAAGUGAAGUCGCUGAUAAUGGAUUAAUCAUAACGUGGUCAGGCGACAAAAUUGUUGCACCUAUAAGGACUGUUGCGUUGAAUAAUUCAGAUGUGAAAGGGUUUAACCCAUUGGUAUUGCAAAGAGGUAUUCAAAUGGUUCAACAAUAUGCAGGAGACGUUGUACGAGCCUUUGCCAAUCUAUGA